UGCUCUUGGGGUUAUUCAUGGUUGGAAUCCCCUGAAAGCAGCCUGAGUGUAAAAUUGCAAUUACACAUUUUUAAAGGGGUUGUGUGUAUGUAUAUAUAUAUAUAUAUAUAUAACAGGGGCGGACUGACAACUCAUGGGGCCCCCAGGCAACAGGGGAUCAUGGGGCCCCUGUGUCCUUGCCCAAACUCAAAAAACCUAUGCAAAAGGUACCAGGGGCAUCUCAAGGGGCCCCCUACUGACCCCGGGCCCUCAGGCAGUGUCCAAGUUACCAAA